AUGGGGUUAGACAAGGAUACCCACGACAUCUCCAUUGUAUUUCGAGCUCUGCAGCAACUAGUAGGUACCCAAGUGUUCUACAAUUCAAUUCCGUUACAAUGCGACAAUAAUGCAAAUAUAAUGUGGGGAGUGAUAAAGCGGGCAGGGCAAUUCAUAGGUUCUGACUUGUAUGUAACUGUCCACACUGUUGGGUUCAAUGUUGACGGGGGUUCGCAAUAUGGCAGUAGAGUUGGAGAGCAAGAAUCAGUUCCUGUAACCGUUGUGCACCCGUCAGUUACACCCGAGACAUCUUUGCCCUACAACUGUCAACCAUGGAAUGGGGUUGCUAUGGACAAUACUGAAGACGCCGAAGUGUUAGGGUCUAUCCAUACCCACGAGGAUGAAGGAUAUACUCACCGAAAUGAAGAUAUCCAAACCUACUUGGACGAGGCAACCGAAAUGGAUGAGACUCGAGAUGUGUAUGAGGAGUUCAUUGAUAACGAUGGACCGGUAGAGAAUCCAGAAUUGUUAGAUGAACUACAACCAGAAAAUAAUCUGAACCCUAAUCCCGAAUGCUUCACGUCAAACACAUGGGAUGACAUUAAUGACCCAUCACCUUCCCUGGAAACAGGUCUGCUGAGUUGGCGACCGGGGGACGAACCGAGCAAGGGGAUGCUAUUCAAGAAUAAAGCUGCAGUUCAGCACGCGCUAACCAUGUUCUCCGUUGGGCUCAAUAAAAAAUUUAAGUACAUCAAGUCAGACCCCGAGAGACUGGUUGUAACGUGUGUACACGAUGCAUGUCUAUGGUCAAUUCGAGCUAUCUAUAGCAAAAGGCACAAGCUGUGGAUGAUCACAACAUCUAAGGGUCCCCACACUUGCUCGACACUCCAAGUGGAUCAUGAUGGAAGGAUGAUGGAUUCAAAGUUCAUUGCCAUCACACUUGAGUCAUUCGUACGGGAAGAUAUUUCAAGAACAGUAGCAACCCUGCGUAGUGUUCUUCAUGCGAAGCACGGCCAUUGGGCGUCUCACUAUAAGGUUUGGGAUGCAAAACAGAAAGCCGUUGCAGCCAUCUACGGUGGUUUCGAUGAGUCAUAUGUAGAAUUGCCUCGGUUCCUGGCAGCGUUAAAAGAUGCAGAUCCAACCACAGUGACACAGUUGAAGUGCGACCACCGUAGUGUGCCGGGAACUUGCACAUUUAACUGUGCCUUUUGGGCUUUUGGUCCGUGUAUAGAAGGGUUCAAGUAUUGUAGGCCGGUGAUAAGCAUCGAUGCAACGCACCUCUAUGGCAAGUACAAGGGGAAGUUGUUGAUAGCAAUGGCAACGAAUGCUAACAACGAGGUUUAUCCACUCGCGUUUGCCGUUGUUGAGAGUGAGAGCAAGGAGACAUGGGGAUGGUUCUUGGCAUGCCUGAAACGAUAUGUUACGGACCGGAAAAAUCUUUGCAUCAUCUCUGACCGACAUUCGGGUAUAAAAGCUUGCUUUGAUGACACAAGGAUGACUUGGUUGCAGCCUCCCCAGGCCCAUCACCGGUAUUGCCUCCGCCAUGUAGUUAGCAAUGUGAACACAAAAUGGAAAAUUCCGGAGUUGAAGAACAUGGUAUGGAGGGCCGCAAGCGCGAAUCAAGUUAGAAAGUUUCAAGCCACACUGGAUUUAAUUCGCAAUGUCAAACCGGCUGCACACAGGUACUUGGAAAAUGAAAACAAAGAAAAGUAG